AUGACAGAAGGAGCUCUGCGCCUCUGGCUCGUCCUAGCUCUCCAGCUGAGAUGCGUCACCCUGCUCGCCAUCCCGCGGGACAGAGGCACGGCGGCGCGGCGGGAGGGUUCGGAUGAGACGGUGACGGCCGGCGAGAAGCUGGACGCGCAGUUCCACCUGAGGGAUUUACCCAGAGGUCCAGCGUUGGCUCCUCACAAGAAGGCGCCUCAGUUCAUGUUGGAUCUAUUUAACGCGGUGUCAGUCUCGGAUGGAAUCCCAAAAAGCCAGAAGGAGAUUCUGGAGGGAAACAUAGUGCGAAGUUUUGAGGAUAAAGGUCACGCUGGAGAGAGGUUUCACUUCUUCAACCUGUCGUCUUUCGGCAGAGAGGAGAGGAUGAUCAAAGCGGAGUUCCGUUGGUUCAGAAAGAAACAGAAGUUUUACCUGGGAAAGUCACACGGGCCUCAUUUCUACAAGGUGGAUCUGUAUGAGGUGCUGGACAGCAGAGUGAAGCCCUGGAGAGGAAACCUCAUCACAUCCAGACUGGUGCCUCUCUACACACAGGGAUGGGAAGUCUUCAACGUAACUCAAACGGUAUCUAAGUGGAUCCGUAACAGCCAGGAGAAUAACGGCAUCCUGGUGGUGACCACGCUUCCUUCUGGUAACUGGAUGGAGUCUGUGGUGUCCUCAUCUAAACAGAACGCAGAUCUGACAGAUGCAAACUCCUACCUGGUCAUAUUCUCAGAUGAUGGGAGGGCAGGAGCAUCAAACCAGUCGUACCUGGGCCAAGCUCAACCUGCAGCAGCAGCAGCAGCACCUGAGCACCAUGACCACCGCAGCAGGAGGCGACGUGCAGCUCCAGGCUUGUUACUGCACGGCCAGUCCCAGUCCUGCCAGCGGGUUCCCCUCUUUGUUGACUUUGAGGAGAUCGGCUGGUCGGGCUGGAUCAUCUCUCCCCGGGGAUACAACGCGUACCACUGCAAAGGCUCCUGUCCGUUCCCGUUGGGGGGCAGCCUCAGAGCAACCAACCACGCCACGGUGCGCUCCAUCAUGCACGCACUCAAGCUCUCUAGCGAUGAUGUGGGAGCGCCCUGCUGUGUGCCUGACAGACUCCAGUCCAUCAGCUUGUUAUACUUUGAUGAUGAGGAGAACGUGGUUUUGAAGCAGUACGACGACAUGGUGGCAUUAAGCUGCGGCUGUCACUGA